AUGAGCCCUCCCCCAGCCCAAAUCGAGCUCUCACACGCCUUCGAAAGGCUUCUCGAGGAACGUCUGGAAGCCGAACGUCUCCGUCGCGAUCUGAUUUUCUACUGGCACACUCUCAUUCUCGAGUGUAAAAAGCGUGGGAAAGAAAUCGAGCGGACUUUUUACCAGGCAGAUAAUUGUGGUGAGACGCCUUUUUCAAGCGAAGAAACUAUUGUACCGGGAACUGGAACGCCUGAUACGCUGACUGACGUAUCGGGAUUGGAGAGAUUGCCGAGUCCGUUGAGUCCGGUGGUUAGCGCUGGGAAAACGAACUUGAGGGCGGAAUUUGGGACAGAGAGAAUUUUGAGGAGACUGGAGGGUUUGUUGAAGAAGUAUCAGGGGGUCAUUGGUGUGAACUUCUUGAAAGGAAAAGAAUAA